CUUUGAUGUUAUCGGCCUAAUUGCCCGUUGAACCCCGCCGGGAUUGAGCUAACCCUUCCGUUUCCUUGUGCUGCUACGUCGUCUCAUGUCCGUCGGCGGACCAAAGCCGGUGAGGAGAAACAUCCCAUGCCUUGCAACACCAGCCCCCAGAUUGUUAAUCAACUUUCCCCUGCAUAUGUCUGUUGGUUCACUCAUCACUCAAUUAGUUUCAUUCUAGCUCUCAUAAAUACUCGCGAGUAGCUGGAGUUGCGAACUGAGUUCAAUUGACUGAGCUGUAAUCUGUAAUCACACAUAGCCCCCUUCCUGCGUAUCUCACCUUCACCAUCAUGGCCUCCGUUUUCGGCUUCCUACGCCGCAACUAUCUCAUCUUCAACCCGCCCGUUGCACCAAAGCAAGAUGGCGCCAUCCGUUUCGGCGUCCUGGGCGCAGCCAACAUUGCACCAAUGGCCCUCAUCAUCCCGGCCAAAACUCACCCGGACGUCAUAGUCCAAUCCAUUGCCGCCCGCGACCGUAAAAAGGCCGAGGCCUUUGCCGCGAAGCACGGCAUCCCGGACGUAAAGGACUCGUACCAGGCCGUCAUUGACGACCCCGAGCUCGACGCAAUCUACGUCCCGCUGCCCAACGGCCUGCACUACGAGUGGGCCCUCAAGGCGCUGCAGGCGGGCAAGCACGUCUUGCUGGAGAAGCCGUCCGUCUCCAACGCCGAGGAGGCCGAGACCCUGUUCCGGCUGCCGCUGCUCAAGGAGAAGGGAGCACCCGUCCUGCUGGAGGCGUUCCACUACCGCUUCCAGCCGAGUUGGCAGUACUUCAUGGGGCUUGUUGACAAGGAGAACGUCGAGCACGUGCAUGCGCGGGCGUAUAUCCCCUGGUUCGCGCUCGGGGACGACGACAUCCGGUUCCAGUACGGUCUUGCCGGCGGCGGGCUGAUGGAUUUGGGCACGUAUACCGUCUCGAGCAUCCGGCAGACGUUUGGCGUCGAGCCCGAGGAGUGUCUGACGGCCAAGUUCAAGACGAUGCCGCCGCCGGAGGAGAGGGCGGAUUACGCGUGGGACAUCACGUGGCGGAUGGCCAACGGCGGGACGGCGCACGCCGAGGGUGCGUUCCGGACGGGGACGUUGGGGAUGGGACUGCCGCGGCUGAGCGUCGUGCACAAGGAGGUCAGGAUUGUUGACGACAAGUUGCCCGCGGGCCAGGAGAAGACGCGGAAGCGGACGAUUGAGUUUGCGAAUUUCAUGCUGGGCGGGAUCUGGCACCGCAUCGACGUCGUGGACGAGUUUGUGGUGAGGCGGACGGGCUCGGGCGAGGUGGUCAAGAGGUGGAUGGAGAAGACGUCCAAGAAGGCGUAUACCUUUGACGAGGCCGGGUUGGCGGGCAAGGGCGAGGAGUAUUGGUUCACGUACCGGCAUCAGCUGGAGCAGUUUGUCAACCGCGUCAGGGGCAGGGAGACGAGCGUGUGGGUUGAUGGGGAGGAUAGUAUUAGCCAGAUGAGGAUGAUUGAUAUGGCGUAUGUGAAGGCUGGGUUGCCGCUUAGAAAGUCGACUGGUGUUACGAUUUAGGGGGAACGGUUUAAUGAUGGUCCUUUGAGAUUAUUGAUGCGAAUUCUCGCCCCGGUCAAAUAUCAUGGGGA